AUGCAUCUUCUGGAUAUUCAUUUCCAUCAGAAUGUCUUUCACUGGUCAUCUUCCGAAAUUGCUGUGUGGUACAAGCACCACAGGUACUAUUACUCUCCGAUCAGAAACCUACUCACCGAGGAUCAAAAUCUCCGCAAGCAAGUCCAGCGUGAGGAAAGACUUCACAACCGAAUUACGGCCCUACAAAAAGCUUUAGCGAUAGAAAGCAACACGCCAGAGCUCGACGAAAUAGCCAAAGAGCUUCAAGAGACACAGAAGACAUACGCCAGCAAAGAACAUGCACUCUAUAAAGCAGAGUGUCUACUUCACCCGGUUCUCAAAGAGGCUUACAUCAAACUAAGGCGUGAUGCAACAUGGUUUAUGCGCGAAGGGUUAGUUCAGGAUUGUGCGGACCGAGGCGGCUGUUGCGGCCGCCAAUGUGGGUGCUGUUCAAAGAGGCAUCUAUCUAAGAGAAGACGAAGAGGAGAAGGUCAUUGUACCACGGAGUGUGGAUGCUGUGUAAGCUUUCGAGGGUACGAUUUGCCGAAAGAGGAAAAGGACAAGAUAAGCUCAGAGUUUGUUGGGAUGCUCGAAUCGCGACUCUCGCCUCAUUUCAUCAAUUUGGCAAAUGGAUAUAUAUCGCCCGCGAAACCACACGGCCUCGGCAAGAUCGAGUCUUGGUGGAAGGAAAUGUUCGGACCAGAUUACUAUGAUAAAAAAGUCGUGUGA